AUGACAGAUGCAUUUUCCUGCCAAAAGUGCUUGGACUUCUCACGCAUUGACAAAGUCUUGACUACACUGGAGAGAGGCCAUGAGCUGUUAGUGGAUUUGGCACCCAAUCUAGACGUGGCAAUACAACAGCAAGUUCGACAUGCUGCCAAGCAGCUUGCCCGCACCACGUGUGAGCUGUUGGAUGCUAAAGUGUGGAAUGGAGUGGAACCUUUCUUCGACGUGGAUCUGGACUUUCAGCAGCUCUGCCAGAUCGCGCGGGCACUCCGCCAGCCGGAUUUCUGGAAGGAGGUAGAGGGCUGGAAGUUGAAGAUGCAGGCUGGCUUGACGGACUUCGAGCGCAUUCAGAUGAUUGCUGAGAUUUUCGCUGCCGUCCAUGGGAAAGUGGCGGAUUUGGUGCCCGACCUCGCGUUGAGCUUGCGCCGCAGGGUGCAGAGCAACAUUCGGCAGCUAGCUCGCGCCGCCUGCCAGACCCUGGGCGUGGACGCUGACGUUUCUGACGGAGUGCAGGCUCUGCUAGAAUCAGAUCUCGAUCCACGAAAGCUGCACCAAGCGCUGAGCCAACUCGGAUACUUGUUGCAGGAGCUGAAAGAACUGAAAGCCAGCCUGCAGGGAGACGUGCCAGGGUGGGAUCGAUGUGGGAAGCUUGUGGAUACAUUUGUCAAUGUCCAGCAGAUGCUGGCGGAUCUGGCGCCCAAUCUUGUGUUGGCUUUGCAGCAACAAGCGCUUGGGGGCGUUCGGCAGGUGGCCUGUGCAGUUUGCGCCCCGCUGGGCCCAGAAGUGUCGAAGGGAAUGGCCUUCGAGCAGAUGGACAUACAGAAGCUUCAGCGAGUGAUGCAAGCACUCAGCCAACCGAAGUGUCGACGCCUUUUGCAGGAGCUGAAGAAGUCUGAGAGGAAGUUGCAGCCAGUACUUCGUCUGCUUUCAUCGUGCAAGGGACUGCUGCUGGACCUGUCGCCGGACCUUCUGCGCGCUGUUCAGCACAAGGCCCUCAGACUGGGUUUGCCCCUGCUGGGCUGCAGUCCCCUCGACGUGGAGCGGUGUUUGGCAGAGGACGAGGAGGCGGAGAUGCUCCGGCAGGUCACCCGUGCUGUUGGGGAGACGCUGCGGCCGGAGCUGAAGAUGCUGCCAGCCAGGGUUCCGUGGGAACAGGUGCUGCAGGAGCUGGAGCCCCUGGAUGUGGAGGUGCUCCUCGCUUCCCUGAAGAGUCCACGCGGCUUCAAGCAGGAGUUUCAGAGGCAGCUGGAAGCCGCCGUCCGUUCAGCAAUCAUCAAAGCCUUGCGGCCGCUUGUGGAACGAAAGCUGAAAAAGCUGGCCACACGUGAGGAAGUGGCCUUGACCUGGGAGAUCGUCGAGUUCGUCCUGCAGCGUCUUGAUUCCACGAAACUUCAAGCUGCCUUCCAGGAGCCGCAGAAGUUUUUGUUUGACUUGCUUCAGAAAGCCGCUGGCACGGUGAAGCCCCUGGCUCUGGCGCGGCUCAUGCCUGUGCUCGAGAGCCACCUGCCGAAGACCAUUGCCUGGCACGAGGUGGAGAGCUGCGCGGACAAGCUUGAGCUGAAGGACCUUGAGGAUGCACUGAGCAAUCCGGAGCGCCUCCUGGACAAAUUGGUGCAGCAUGGCCCUUUGGCGAAGCGGUGGGCGCUGGCGGCAUCCUGGCCAGCACUGAAGAGCUUCUUGCCAGCUGCCAUCCAGCGUGAAGAUGCAGAAGCGGCCCUCCGGCAACUCAGCAUCGUGAAUCUCAAGAAGUUGGUCCAAGCAAAUCCCAAAGCACUCCUGCAGUCCGUCUUGGAUAGUGGUGGCCCCCCUGCAAUGAAGUUUGCAGUGGCGUGGGGCAUGGCUCAAGUCCGCAGUGCUGUGGAACCUGAACUGCCUCCGGGGGUUUGCUGGGCGGACUUGGAGUCCGUUUUUCAGGGCAUGACGGUGGCCGACAUCAAGAAGGCUGCCAAAGACCCUAUGGGCGUCUUGGACUCGAUGGGUGGCGAGGCAGGGCGGCGCUGGCUGCUCGCAAAGCUUCGGCCCCACUUGGAGCCGCUCCUUGACGGGUUUGCUGGGCCUGCAUGCUGGCAAGACGUGAAAAACGUCCUCCUCUGUAUCGAGACGGACCAACUUCGAGUGGCCAUCGAGGACCCACAGGCUUUCGUGACCUCAAUGGUGCAGACGACAGGCCGUUCAGCGGUGGCGUGGUGCCUGCUCCAGCUGAAGCCCAUCCUCGCCCCAUACCUGCCCGAUGACAUUGCGUGGGGCGAGGUCGCGACACACCUGACGGCCAUGCAGCUGGAGGAUCUACGUGCUGCCCUCGACCGGCCCGAUGCCCUGUUGAGCCUGCUCGCCUCGCACGAAGCCUUUGCCGUCAAGUUUGCGGUGGCGAACUUGCAGCCACGUCUUGAAGAGUGGCUUCCGGAGCAGGUGCUGUGGGCAGAUGUCCGAAUGGCUUUGCAGGCGUUGAGCAUGGCAGACUUGAAGUCACUGGCCGACGACCCAGAUCCGCUUGAGUCGCUGCAGUCGCUCGUAAAGGGGGCCGGGCCCAUCGCAGUGAAGUGGGGCAUGGCGCAGAUUCGAAGCACCGUGGAGCCACUGCUGCCGGUUGGCGUGGUGUGGUCGGACAUGGAGGCGGUCCUUCAGGACAUGGAGCUGGCGGACAUCGAAGCUUCCGCAAGUGACCCACACCGUUUCCUGGCAUCCCUAGCCAACGCAGGAGGCCGUUCAGCAGUGGCGUGGUGCCUGGUGAAGCUGAAGCCCAAGCUUCCCGAUGGCCUUGCAUGGGGCGAGGUCGCGACGCAUCUGACGGCCUGCAUGCAGCUGGAGGAUCUACGUGCUGCCCUUGAGCCCGAAGCCCUGUUGAGCAAGCUCGCCUCGCACGAAGCCUUUGCCGUCAAGUUUGCGGUGGCGAACUUGCAGCCACGUCUUGAAGAGUGGCUUCCGGAGCAGGUGCAGUGGGCGGAUGUCCGAAUGGCGUUGCAGGCGUUGAGCAUGGCAGACUUGAAGUCGUUGGCCGACGACCCAGAUCCGCUUGAGUCACUGCAGUCGCUCAUAAAGGGGGCCGGGCCCAUCGCAGUGAAGUGGGGCAUGGCGCAGAUUCGAAGCACAGUGGAGCCGCUGCUGCCGGUUGGCGUGGUGUGGUCGGACAUGGAGGCGGUCCUUCAGGACAUGGAGCUGGCGGACAUCGAAGCUUCCGCAAGUGACCCACACCGCGCCGGGCCCAGUGCUGGGUUUCUGAUGUUUCUGUCGCCUGAGAACCAACUGGCGGCGUUGCCACAAAAUGGUGCCUGGCGCAGCUCAAGCCUGUUCUGGAGCCACAUCUGCCUCAUGGGAUUACUUGGGAAGAUGCUGCUUGUCGAUUUUGAUGGACAGCGGACAGACCAUCAUGUGGCAGCUGUCCUGUUUGAAAAACUGAGUGUACGCCAUUGCCAGGUCGCACAGCAUUUGGCUGCCGCGAAGUUGGAGGACUUGCGCAGUGUUCUUAGCGACCCCGCUGCCCUGUUGAACAGGCUUACCGCCCGCCACGCAUUUGCAUCGAAGUUUUCGAAGCAUUUGAGUGUAGCGGAUCUGGCACAUCUGGCCGAAAAGCCAGACCCCGAAGAAUUCUGGCGCUCACUUGUGGAGAAGGGUGGGUCCUUGGCCAAGAAGUGGGGAAUAUCGCAGAUUCGAAGCAGCCUGGAGCACGAGCUGCCAGAAGGGGUUUCGUGGACGGACAUGGAGACCGUCCUGCAGUGCAUGAAACCUGCGGAGAUUGAAGCCGCCGCCCAAAGCACCCCAGAGAGUGCCACUCUCAGCUGUGUUCCUUUGUGA